CCACCCCGAGCAGGCGGGCGAAGGCGCCGCGGGCCGGGGGAAGGGCGGUCGUGGCGCCUGAGGGGCUGAGACAAUUGACAUGUUGAAAAUGUCACGAAACAAGAUAUUUACAGCAUUGAAGUAUCACUCAACAGAUUAUUUAUAUGAGAGCGUGGCAAGGCAGAAGUUUUCCAUCUGGAAAUUAUCACUUUGCUUUCCUCCCUGUUUACAUCAAGAUGAAAAGUAUCAUCUCAAUGGACUCUUUGCUGAUGAUAAGUAUAGGAAGCCAUGGACUAGAAUUGUUUCAACACAGAACAUGAUUGCUAUUUCAGUAUUGGAUCAAUGGAAGAAAAGUUUACCUGUGGAGGAUUUCCUGGAAAAGAAACCUAUUUCCUCUGCAGAGUUUCAGAUUAGUAAUAGUUUAUUAGAAGUUAUUCCAAGUUCAAAUGUUUGCUCUCAGACUGACACAGAAGAACCUUUUUUACUUAUGAAGAAUGGUUUUAAGGAAGAUCCCACCCAAGACAAAUAUUUGAAGAUCUACUAUGCCACUGAAUUUAAAGAGCCAGGGCAAGAUUUAUGUUUGGAAGAGGAGUUUGUUUUUAUUGAUAAUCUUGAAAUUUUUUGUAAAAAACUGCCAACUUUAUCUCUAUUUCUGAGCAGACUACAGUAUUUUUUAGUGAAAGAUCCCCUUUUACAUUCUGAAGGACAGAUUUUAACACCAGAGAAUAUUUUCAGAGAAUGUUUGACUUUCCAAAAUGGAAUGAAGAUGGAAGAGAGUCAAAAUGAAUUACAGAGGAUUAAAGAGAAUUUCUGUACUGUAUCUAUAAAAGAUGAAGAGUAUUUCCUGUUGCCUGUUGAGUUAGAAUUUGGCGAACCCAACAAUGGCAGAUCUGAUUGUAUUAAGACUCCAUCAUACGUAGAACUAAGGGAGGUGUUAAAUUUAGCUCCGGUCACUGUAGAUGAUGAAGACCUUUGCAAACAAGUGAUCAGAGAAGAUCUCAAAGCAGAAAUUACAUACAAAAUAGAAAUUUCCAAGUACUGUGCCAUUCCACAAGAGGUUUGCUCCAGUAUUAGCACAAAUAUGUUGGAAUUCUGUGAGGAAGCUGAAUAUAUUCCAUAUUUGAAAGAUGAAAUGGAAGUGCCUUUAACUCCUCAAUGCAGACAAGAAAGGUCAUGGGUUAAUUUUCUGUGCAGAGGACUUCAAGAAGAACCUAUUUCUCUCUCUGGUAACAGCAUUUUAAUUGCAGAGCCUUCUAGGGAAUUCUUAGAAUCUUUGGUAUGGCAAUCAGAGAAGUAUCGGGAUAAUAUGAGAUCUCUUUUACUUGUCGAGCAUCCAGCUGUAAACCUUGCGCAUCAGCAUCAUUCGCUGACAGAACUGCGGAAAGAGCUGCCAGUUGAGGUCGAAGCACCAAUGCUUGGCUCACUAGAGGAAGUCUGGUGGCUUCAAAAGGGUUUAAAUCCAGCAGCUGUAGAAAUUUUGGAACAAUUUAACACGGAUGGAAAUAAUCCAAACAGUCUACUUCCUCCAGAAGUAGAAACAUUCACACAAUUUACAUCCUAUCAAAUAGAAAGAUGGCUUGAAGAGAAGAAUUCUGUGACAAACCAAGAGCUGUUUUCUGCUGAAAGACAUCAGUCAGAAAAAGUAGUUAAUCCUAACCUGUCAAUGCAGAUUCAAAGGCAGUACUUUGACAUGCGUGCUGCGUCAUCUGCCAAAAUUCACAGUACAAAUAGAUCUGUGGAAGAGCUUACUGGAGGAAACAUAAGAAAGAUUAAGACAGAAGAGGCAGUUCUUUUCUUAAACCAAGAAAAUGAAACCCCCAAACCAUCUGAAUCAGACAGUUGUAAAGGUGGAUGUUCUAAAUUAGACAACUCAUCCUGUAGUGGAAAGCGUGCAUCACUUGCUUCUAAAUGGGCCAGUGAUGAUUCUGAUCUGAACAACUUUAUUAUGAUGAGGUCUAGACAUACCAACAUCACCCAAAGAGAGGAAAAAUAUUAUGUAGACAGAUCUGAAAAAGUGGUACAGCUUGAAGAACAGCUUAUGCGUGUUCACAAAGAGGAUGAUUCUUUUUGUGAGACUGUAAAAACAGAGGAGAAAACCCAAGAGAAAGAAGACAGUAUCACUGUCGAUAUUCAACCAUCAGAAAGCCAAUGCCAGGCAUACUGCCUCUUGGAAGAAGCAGCCAUUCCUGUACUAAAAGAUUUGACACAUCUGGGUGUACUUGGUUCUGUUACUUGGAGCUUUGACAGUGUUAAAUUUGAUCACACAAGAUUUUUUUUAAAACAGCAAGAGAAAGUGAUAUGUGAUAAUUUUAAACAAGGUAAAAUAGAUGAGAAGGAGAUCAUGCUGUUCAGACAUGCUGCUCUGGUACACCUGCUAGUGACAGUUCGAGAUCUGCUACUAACAUGUGGCUUGGAUACAGCUCUAGGUUAUUUGUCCAAGGCAAAGGAUAUCUAUAAAAACAUUUUAGAAUCCUGUUUGAAUAAUAUCUGGAGGCAGUUGAAGAUUGUACAGUACAGCAGCCAGAAAAAGCAUGAAACACAUCCCAAAAUAACAGCACUUCAGUGUGAGCUGUUAAAUUGGAUGAAAAGUUGUGGAGAGAAACACAGUGUUAAGAUACUAAUCAUUACAAGGACGGACUCUGAAAGAGAAAAAGCUGCCUUCAUUCACCCGUUAUCUAGGAUAGCAGGUUUGAAAGCUGUGGAUUUGAAUUCUGAGAGAAAAGGAAGCAUUUUAAGUUGUAAAGAGAUCAUAAGCAAUCUUAGUAGAUAUUCCUGCAUCGUUGUACAUAAUCAGCAAAUUGGAGCUGACUUCCCUUGGACACACUUCUCAUUAGUAAUGGAAUAUGAUUAUUCUGAAAAUUCUGGCUGGAAAAAUCUGUGCAAAAAUCUGAAUGUUACUUACAUGACUUUUAAAACCAACCUCCCUGAAAUAAUGCAAAUGGGGAAUUAUGGCGGUUCCUGUCUUCUGGAAGUACAGAUUCCAUAUGUAUUUCUGACAACUGAAGGUCUUCUUAGUAUGCCAGAUUUUCUUCAGCUUUUUGAAUCCAAGUACAGCAUUGCCUUUGUUGAAAGAUGCAAUAGUUACUCAUUAAGGCUCUUUGGAAGUACUGAUCGAUAUGUUGUGUUGACAAUAGAUGAAUGUACUGCUAUCUUUUUGCAGAGUAUGGAAGAACUAAAUUGUGAAGACAUCUGUGGCACUGUAAUAUCAAGACUGAUGGCAUUAUCACUCCAAUAUAUGUGCUGUUGGAUUAUUUUCUAUUCCAGAGAAAGACUGAAUUUAGAGUACAGUCUCAAGGGAAAUACUCUGCUUAACCUUGUCUUAAUUUAUGCCACUCUAAUUGAACUUACACAGAAGUCAGAAGACUUUGAAGUGAAGGUAGUUCUUACGCCAGGGAUUGAAGAGACAGCACUGGUAAUUCGUCAGAUUGCUGACAAUAUUUUGAUAGCAGCCAGUAUCAGUCCUGAUGAGUGGCUGGACAAAUCCUGGCUUUCUGUCUUGCCAUCUGAGGCAGAGAAAUGCCUGCUUACGUUUCCUUGUAUCAAUCCUUUGGUUGCUCAGUUUAUGUUGAAGAAGGGAUCUUCACUGAACAAGUUAUUUCUUGCAAGCUUUGAUCAACUCCAGGAACUUCUGCCAGAGGUUCCAAAAAAAGUUUUAAAGCAUUUCAGUGACAUCAUAUCUUCAAGCAGCCUAAAUACUGCUGCUCUUCUAGAAAAAACAGUGAAAGGUGCAUCACACCCAGAAAACCAGAAUAACUUCAACACAUCGCAUCUUGAUAAUAAACAAAAUUUUCAAAUUUUAGAGCUGCUUGAUAAGCCACAAACCAGCACAGGAAGAUCUCAUAUGAAUUCUGUAGCCCUGAUUCCUCCACUGAAUCGUCGUAAGAGUUUUUUUAAGUCUAAUCUUCCAAGUUGUAUGCAGAAGAAAGCAUGCUCAUCGGAUGUAAUUACAAGGAGGAAGCCAGAAUUCUUUGCUGUAUCAAAGGACUAUGAAGAUUUUUCUCAUCCAGAAGUUAAAAAUUCUCUCCUUGUUCAAAGACAGCCUUUCAGGAUGCAUGAUAGCUCUGAUCGUACUUCCAAAGACUCUGAAAAAGUGGAUUUCUUUGCAACUUUCAGAGACUGUGCACCUCAGGAGAGCUCUAAAAGUUUUCUAGAAGAAUUUAUAGACACAACAUUUAAAAGUCCAGAAAUUCAGAUUCACCAGCCCCUGUGGAAUGAUUCUUCGUCCCCAGGCCCAUGUAAUUCAUUUGCUCAUGAUGGUUUUCUCUCUGAUUUCUUUAAUGAUACGGAUGAGCUUCAAGAUCUGAAUUUUAACCAAAUAGGUGGAACAGCUAAAGGAAAGAGGAAACAAAGGCCUCCAUUUUUAAGGAGAAAAGAAAAAAUUAAAACAGGUUCAGGAUUUCCAGGACAGGAGUCAAAAAAAAGGAGAUUGACAUAUGAAAGAGUCCCUGGAAGAAGAGAUGGGCAAACGCGUCUUAAAUUCUUUUGAACAGAAUGGGGAUUUGCAUAUUACAUACUUUUUUGGUUUUCAUUCUUGAACUCUUUAAAGGGAAAUAAAUAAAUUGUUGUUUUUAGAAAUAAAUUAGGAUUUGGAAAUUCUUACUAGCUCAGGAUUCCUCUGUGUGUGUUUUAAAUGUUGCUAAACAAACUAACAGAGUGGUUUCUUUAAGCUGGGUAAUUAUUGUUUCUCUGUGGUCAUGAGUGAUAUAGAGGUAAUUUAUCACUCUUUAUAUUAAAAAAAAAAUUAAUUUAAAAAGCCGGAUGCCAAGGCUCACUCUGAGAUUUCAGGACGCCUGUGUUUGCUCCCUGAGCCUGCUGCUUUUCCAAUGUAAAGAUGAGCUAGAUCUGCCAGAAUCUCAAGGCUUAUUAAAGUCAGAGAUUUCUUGCAAUUACAGCUGUGACUUUUUGCAGCCAUCCCCUGGGCUCCGUUCUACUUCUCUUCUUCUGACAGCCCCUUCAGGAACAAUGUGAUGAGUACCUGAGUUCCUUUUAAUCAUAAUCAGUCUAUGAAAAAGCUCUUUGUUUUAUGGACAACGUGCAAAGACUGCGUUGAAAUUUACCAUUCUCAUAGAUUUGAUUCAGGGAACUAAGCUGUGAGCCUCACCCUUUGCAUAACCUGCUGGAGGCUGUUUGUUGUCAUCCACAUUUCUCAGCCUUCUGCAGUGCAUUGGCAUGUAGGGUGAUGAAAGUCAUCUGGGAGGCACAUCCAGAUACUAUAGGUACAACUAGAAGAGGUAAAAUACUGAAUUUUAAAGAAAAAUCUGUCUCAAUCAUAAUAUAAAGAACAGGAUUGAAAAGUACCCAAACCCUCACUUUCCAUCAAAAGAUUUGGCAACAAAACUGGAAAUAUGUGUGGGAGCAAUGGCAGACAGUAACUCCAUUCUGCUCCAGGAAUGCAUAAACGGUUUGCACAGGCAUGCCAUCAGCUCCAGAAUGUCUUUCUCUGUUCAGUGGCUUUAAGCUGAGAUGAUUCAGUUUUCAAACUCACUAAUCUUUUUAAGUUUGAGGCAGUAACAGAAAGGUGGGGUGGGGCAGGAAAGUAAUGAAAGAAGAAACACCAAGUGUAAGGUUUGUGCUUGCACUUAAAUACUUAUUUGACAUUAAGCCUUCAUUAACCAUAUAUUCACUAUUUAAGUAAAUGAAACCAGCACUUAGGGAAGAAAGACUUGGUCUCUCAGAGAAAACAGAGUGCUGUUUUUUGCCUGAAUUCUUAAAAGCUAUGACAGCACUAACUGCAAUUUUAGAUCACAGUAAUAUCCCUAAAUUAUUUGUAUACUGGUUGUUUGCAAGAUUUGAGAAAAUAUCUUUCACAAGUGGUAACAUGAAAAGAUUUCUAGUAAAA